AUGGAAAAUAAAGAAAGUCCUACAUCCAAAGGAACAAAGAACUUUCUGAAAAAAUGUCGAGAUUAUAUUUCUCAAACGUUUGCAUCUCACACAUCAGACAUUAAUGGCAUCAAUGCAAGAAUACAAGACUGCUCACUAGAGCAUGGUGUUGGCAGUGAUGUGAAAACAGUUGACAGUGAUAAAAGUAAAUUAAACUUAAAGCUAAAAGACAACUCUUUAGGAAGUGGUGUUGCAAGUAAACAAGAGACACUAGACAAUAAUUUUCAUGAUGCUAAGCCAAGCUUAAAACUAAAAGACAACUCUUUUGAAAAUAAUGUUGGGAGUAAAAAGAAAGCAAACACCUCAUUAGGAAAUAGUAAACGAGAGACACUAGACAAUAGUUUUCAUGAUGCUAAACCAAGCUUAAAAGACAUUUCAUUAGAAAGUUGUGUUGCAAGUAAAAAAGAAAUAAUGAAACCGCAAGAAAAGAACUUUAGGAUGAGUGAAAGAGAAAAAGAAAUUAUACGUCUACAGGCCAAAGUUCUGAGGUUGCAAGAAAAGAUAUGUAAACUUCAGCAAAAAGUGUCCACAUUGCAAGGAGUUCACUUGUAG